CUUGACAACAACUUUUUGGAGUCUUGCUUGAUUUGGCGGAAGAAACGAUGUCCGGAAAGGAUCUUAAGGGUUUGUACAAGACUCUUGGAGUGGAUACCAACGCUGAUGAGACCGCAAUCAGGAAGGCAUACAGACGACUUGCUCUUCGAUGCCACCCUGACAAAAACCAAGACAAUGAAAACGCCACGGCGGAGUUUCAGAAAAUUGCAAAUGCGUAUGAGGUGCUCUCUGAUCCCAAACGUCGGUCUCUCUAUGACUCCACCGGCUGUGUGGACGCAGAGGAGCUUGACGGUGAUGGUUUCAUGCGAGCAGAAGAUUUGUUUGCAGCCUUUUUCGGCGGGGGCAUGGCGCAGGAUCUUGAUGAUGAAGAGCAGGCGAUGCUCGACGAGUUUCUCAAGAUGACAGGGGCUUUUAGCUUUAAGGCCGGUGGCAAGAAGGGCCGUCGUCGUCGUGGAAAAGCACAGGCCGCCUCAUUUGAGAAGGCCUUUCUGGCUGCCAUGGCAGGAAUGCCAACCACGGAUCCUACAUGUCCUUCAGGGCAUGCCUUGAAAAGGAAGAAAGCUGACGGAGGCUAUGAAUGUGAUAUUUGCCAAGAAGAUGUGCCUGAUGGCAAGCGGUUCUUUGACUGCCGAAAGUGUGACUUCAGCAUGUGCGCAAAGUGCUACAAGCACGCAGAGGCCGCCGCAAUGGAGGAGGCAGAAGAGGAAGAGGAGGAGGGAGAAAUAUUUGAAGCUUUCUGCUCGAUGAACAUUCAGCCAGAACGCCAGGGUGGACGGCUGGCCUUCCGCUGCAAGUUAUGUGGCAAACUCCUGGACACUCAGAGCAAGGCCGCAGAGCACCUUGUCGACGACCAUGCUCAGGAAUUCGAGAUGGUAGCCAAUGAAGUCCGUUCCGAAAUGGGCGGUUAUGCUGCCGCAUCGUCUUCAGGAAUGGAUGGCUUCGAGGCAUUCCUUCUUGGGGCCAUGGAGGGUUUUGGCCCGGGCCCAAUGGGUGACCUCGGCGGCGGCUUUGGUGGUCUUGGCGGCCCUCCAAAGGGAAGGCGUCACAGGAGAAAGCGCUGAGUCCAACUGGGAGUCUCGGAGCGGAGGCAAGCCUUGCACAGCAGCUUGCCUUGCAAAUAUCAUGACGUGCUUGAAUAUCUUGCGUGCUGAGUUCGGGAUUCUAGGUGGUUGCUGCCUUCUAGCGAUCCAUGUUGAUCGUGGCAAGUUCUUAAUUUGCAGCUCUGAGACUUAGUAUAUGAAUCACUGCAAUGUAGGUGAUGUCAAUAGAUUGGUAGACUUUUCCCAGACUUUGCCGGCACAUCAGCAAGAUGCGGAUGACCGAGCCUCACUUAGAUUGGCCUGCAACUAAGCGUGGCCACCUGCCAUCGAAUGCUUGAAAAACAA